CUCCCCGUCUGUCAUUUGACCAGGCAGUUCACAGAGGCGAGAGCUCAGCACCAGAGAGAAAGCACAGGCAGGAAAAAAACCCCCGGAGAGACAGGGAGAAGAGAAUACAUGUUCAGUGUAGGGGUGAGCUCGCAGGAAUAUUUCACCGCCUUUUAAAAAGAAAAAAAAAACAACAACAAAAAAACAAAUCCCCUGUUGGUGUGGAUUUCCUCUUGCCUGCUUCUUUUGAGGACUGCCAGUGUCUUGGAUGUGGGCUCCAGCACUGUUAAUAGUCAACUGAGGAGAAAAAAGGGGAGAAGGAGGAGGAGGAAGAAGAAGAAGAUCAGCUGACACCUUUUUUGGAGAUUUACACUUUUGCUGGAGUAAAGCUGAAAAAGAGAGGUGGGGGGGGGGAUAGAGACUGACUGCUGGGCCCCAUGCCCACCUCUGCUCAUGGUUCAACAGCAUGAAAGGGGGCCACCACCAUCACCAUCGCCACCACAGAGGCUGUGGCUGCCAGCACUUGUUCCGAAAAAUCCUAGUUAAGUGUGGCUGCUGCUAUGCCAGAGUCAGAGACUCGUACUCAGCAGCGGGCAGCGAGGGCAGCAUUUCCACCUCUGUGGCAUCGCUGCCACCGCAGCCUUCAGGCAGCUCGGCCCCCAGCUCACCGAGCUCCAGACGCUCUGUUAGUGCCCUGACGAAGUGGCUUACCAACCCUGUGCGCAAACUCAGUACUGGAUCCACCGUCAAGGGGGACCGCCAGGUCCGGAAACUUGAGGGAAAAACUCCACCUCUUUCAUCCCAGAGCCAGAACCAGAGCCAGGACCUUUUCAGCCCAGUGAGGCCCGAUGAAGCGUUUACCAUUCUACCCGUCACCCACAGAGAACAAGAGUGGAAAGAUGGCCUGGCCAGCCCGGAGGACCUGUCGCCAGAAUCCCUGCAACCAUCUGGUUUCAUGACUGCCUUGCCGGUGGAUUUCACAGCACUGCCAAACACACAGGACACCCAGUCUGCCGGUCUUCCGCCCAAGGACAGUGAUUCUGUCUUGAUGGACGACACCUCCAGCCAAUGGUCCGCUGUGGCUGAGACCGAAGAGGAAAGGAGAAGUGCCUUCGAGAAAAGCAUGUAUGUACUGAAUGAGCUUAUAGAGACAGAGAAGGACUAUGUGGCAGACCUGGGGCUCAUAGUGGAGGGCUACAUGGCUACAAUGAGUUCCAGAGGUGUUCCAGAGGGUAUGAAAGGAAAGGACAAGAUUGUUUUUGGAAACAUUCACCAAAUAUAUGACUGGCACAAAGACUACUUCCUGGAAGAGCUGGAGAAGUGCUUGGAGGAGCCAGAAAACCUGGCUCAGCUUUUUAGUAAACAUGAGCGACGUCUCCAUAUGUACGUUGUGUACUGCCAGAACAAGCCCAAGUCAGAACAUAUUGUCUCAGAGUACAUUGAGACCUACUUUGAGGAGCUCAGACAGCAGUUGGGACAUAGACUGCAGCUCAAUGACCUGCUCAUCAAACCUGUCCAGAGGAUCAUGAAGUACCAGCUUCUGCUGAAGGACCUUUUGACGUAUUGUGUCAAAGCUGGGAAGGACACUAAAGAGUUAGAGAAAGCGGUGGAGGUGAUGUGCUUGGUGCCAAAACGUUGCGAUGACAUGAUGAAUGUGGGCAGAUUACAAGGCUUUGAGGGAAAUAUCACAGCCCAGGGCAAGCUGCUUCAGCAGGGAACUUUCACUGUCACAGAGCAGGACAGUGGCUUUCUAUCUCGAGCCAAGGAGAGACGAGUCUUCCUGUUUGAGCAGCUGGUAAUCUUCAGUGAGCCCAUUGACAAGAAGAAAGACUUCUCCAUCCCUGGAUACAUCUUUAAAAGCAGCAUCAAGGUUAGCUGCCUGGGGAUGGAGCCCAGUGUUGAUGGCGACGAUACGCGUUUUGCACUGACCUCACGAAACCCAGAUGGGAGCGUGGUGCGGUACCAGCUGCAGGGCUCCUCCGCUGAGAUCUGCAGAGCUUGGGUUAACGACGUGGGUCAGAUCCUGGAAAGUCAGCGCAACUUUCUUAAUGCCUUACAAUCACCAAUUGAGUAUCAGCGACGAGAGAGCAAGUCCAAUAGCCUGGGCCGCAGCAUGAGGCCCCCUCUGUCUGCUACGAGCGCCCUGAGGCCCCACUCAUCUGCCUCCAUCGACCGCCACAAGCUUCCCUCCCUCCACUCUCACAACACCUCUCUGCCAACGCUCUACCUGCCGAGCCAAAGCCAGAGCCAAGGGCCGAGCGAGAUGGUCUCGUUGAGGAGUGCCACUCCGGUCCCUGCUGUCUCCCACACUGCUUCACCAUCACACGUCCGACUGGGUCUCUCCGAUCAGUCAAACUGUCCAGCUGUAUCAAAUGGGCUGUACACCCCGGCCACUCAGGGUGCACAGCAGAGAGCAGUAGAGGGUUUCUACAGAGGCUCUGCUUCUGAUGUGGUGCCCCAGGCUUCUCUGUCAGGCCCCUCAGCCGGACGACGUCCCAGCAACCUAGCCCAGCUAGCCGAAGACGACCUGUGAACUCUUCUGAGUCAGGAGGACAACAGCUAACUAACGCUGUGAAUACACCACUUGUGUACUUGUUCGCACACCUGAGGUGUAUGCUUGUUGCGGGACUUCCUAGGAAACUGAAGUAUAAAGGAGCAGUGGGCUAUAUAUAUCUAUAUAUAUAUGCAUAUAUAUAUAUAUCUAUAUAUAUAUAUAUAUAGAUAUAUAUAAACUGCUUGGCUCCCUUUUAGAGAGCCACUUAAAAGGGAGGUGAUGUGGCCUUGAUCACCUUCAGUGAACAGCGAGAGCAUCCAGCGCGAUGCUGUUAGGCUCAGAAUUAUAAAACACUCCGUGAUAUGACAAUUUCUGCUUUCUACCUUCUGUUUUUUUUUGUUGUUGUUUGUUUUCUUUUGAAGAGUUUGUAUUCCUCUCUUUGAAAGGGAUGGAGCGAAAUCUUGGAUGAUUCCAUUCCUAAUUGGGGCAAUCACUGGAGCUAAGUGUGUGCCUGAAUGUGUGUUUGUGACAAUGACUUGUGGAUUAUGUCGGUGUACAUGAGAGCGGGCAAGGAGCGCCUCUUCUUGUCUCCUCUGCAAAUUUCUUUAAGUUUCAUUCUGAUACCCUGCAAUGGAGACAACCCCAUUUAUAUUCUUUUUUUUUUUUUUUUUUUUUAAUUUCCCUGCUGACUCCUGAGUUUGCUGUUUAUGUUAACAAACACGGAAAAGUUGGAACAUUUGACGUGGUCAUCGCAAGAACUUUAUUUUCUCAAAUUUCAUUGAAAAGUGAGGAACUUUCUUUGUUGCAACAGUGUUGAGGGGCGCCCUGUGUGCUCCAAUAUUCUGUUUGACCGGCCUCCCUUUGAUCUGGACAAGAAGGCAUACGGGAGCCCUCUGGAGGUUCUUUGUGGGUAUGACGUCACCCCAGAUUUCUUUUUCCCCUCUUUGGGCAACUCCUCAAGAGUUCAAAACGCAUCCAUAGAGACUCACCCAAAGUGUUGCAUGCAAAAUCUCCUAAGUCGUCACUGACUGGAGAAAUGCCACAUUACACCUAUCUUUUGUGAACCUUAAAUAAGAAAUGAUAUUAAAAAAAUGUAAGUUAUACUAUAAGUCAAUUCUUGUCAUGUCAAGACCCUCGUUCUAUAACUUUUGCCCUCAUGGAUCAUAUACUGUACAUACCAUAAAAAAGCGUACUUUAACACAGCCACUUGAAGGAUGAACUAUGACCCUGGUAUGCCAAGAACUCUCAUCUGUCCAGCUGGUUGUUUGCAUGAUUCUUCUUCCUAAAAAGUGCCAAAAACAACAGCAGCUCAGCAAUUAGGAUGUUUUGUGUCCUUACUAUAGGGUUCGGCUUGCCAUUCCUCUUUCAAAUAAAGAAUCAAAGAUGUUAAUUACUGUUAGCGUUUAAAAAAAACCAGGAGUUGCAAAAGGAGAAGAGCUCUCCUAUUUGUGGCCACUAGGGGUCCCUAAAGACUUUCGACUCCAGUUCAGUUAGAUCAUACAGCUGCACCAAAGAUCAAAAGGCCUCACAUUUCACGUCCAAAAGAUACUUGGAAAUCUUUUCACAAAAACAACAAAACAAACUACCACUAUCAUUCACUUUGAAAACAAAACAAUCCAGAAAGAUAGGACAUUGGCCGAUUUUGACUUCAGUUUAUUUUACAGAGCUCUUAUUGGAAUGACUGAUCAAUCAGUUUUGCAUGAAACACACAAAGGAAUACCUCUACAGAGAACCAAAAGUAACAGGUGUAAUGCAGAGAGAAGGCUGGUUGAUGUCACGUUUGAGCGACUAGAAGGAGUUGUAUCAUAUAAAAUAAAAGUGUCUUUUUGAAACU